AGAAGGAAGUGCAAGCUUUUCAUUGCACAAGUUCAAGUUUGCUUUGAUGAGUCUGUAGGCAGGCUAACAUAACGGUGUGCAAUGACCAGGAACAAGUUCAUUUUAUUAAUGAUAUCAGCAAUGCUGUGGUCUUUUGUUUUUAGCCAUGAAACUGAUCAAACAACAGACUAUCCCUCUGAAUUCUCACCAAGAACAGUCCAAAUAGGGCGGCUGUUUGUCCGAAUAGGAGCUGAAGGAGAGGGAAAUUUGCAAAAUGGACUUCCUGAUGAUGCUGAAGGACAUCCCUCUGAUUCACAAGCAACUGCAGGCUCAUAUAAAACAGCAGAGACAAAAUUGCAACUUUUGAAUCCUUCUGUGCAUUGUGGUGGUGAUUCCAUGGCCCUACGUAUUCAAGGUUAUCGUUUGCCCAGCUUCAUGGUUGAUCGAGGUGGAGAAGGUGUAAUUCCUGUGACCCAGCUGCCAGACAACUGUGGCAUCUCAACAAAGAGGGUUCAUAGGGUUUUUCUUGUGAUUGUCCAGUAUGAAGGCUGUGAUGUUAAACAACAGGGUGAUGACUAUGUUCUGCCACUGCGCUUGUGGGGUGCUCCUGUGAGCAUGUCCUGCCCUGUUUCAUCUACAAAUGUGACUGCUGACCAGCCUGCUGGCCCUACAGAGGCCUUAACUCCUGCCCGAAGCAUAGAUGCCUCAACAGCCUCUACUGUCCCUGCCAGUGAUUCUCGACCAAACCGCUAUAAUUUUGGGUGGGAUAAUUUUCAACCAUAUAGGCAUUUUUGGCCUGGCCAUACAGGUACCCAAACAGGGGCACCAGCUCCUGCCCCUUCCACAGAGGCUUCAACACCUGCCUCUACCACAGCAGCCUCAACAGCCCAAGCAGUCCCUGCCAGUGACCCUCAACAGGAUUUGUAUCCAUUUGGGUCUUUUCCAUACCAGCACCAGUAUCCAUUUUACCCAAACAGAUAUUUUUGGCCUGGUCACAUAGGUGCACCUACAGGGGCCCCAGCCCCUGCCCCUUCCACAGCAGCCUCAACAGGCCAAGCAGUCCCUGCUAGUGACCCUCAAACUAACUGGAAUCGGAUUCCUUACAGUCAGGGGUGGAAUCCAUUUUACCCAUAUAGGCAUUUUUGGCCUGGCCACAUGGGUGUCCCUACAGCAACCCCACCACCUGCCUCUACUACAAGGGCUCCAACACCUGCCUCUACUACAAGGGCUCCAACACCUGCCUCUACUACAAGGGCUCCAACACCUGCCUCUACUACAGGGGCUCCAACAUCUGCCCCACCCACAGCAGCCUCAACAGCCCAAGCAGUCCCUGCCAGUGACCCUCAACAGGAUUUGUAUCCAUUUGGGUCUUUUCCAUACCAGUAUCCAUUUUACCCAAACAGAUAUUUUUGGCCUGGUCUCACAGGUGCACCUACAGGGGCCCCAGCCCCUGCCCCUUCCACAGCAGCCUCAACAGGCCAAGCAGUCCCUGCUAGUGACCCUCAAACUAACUGGAAUCAGAUUCCUUACAGUCAGGGGUGGAAUCCAUUUUACCCAUAUAGGCAUUUUUGGCCUGGCCACAUGGGUGUCCCUACAGCAACCCCACCACCUGCCUCUACUACAGGGGCUCCAAGACCUGCCUCUACUACAGGGGCUCCAACAUCUGCCCCAUCCACAGCAGCCUCAACAGCCCAAGCAGUCCCUGCCAGUGACCCUGCCAGUGACCCUCAACAGGAUUUGUAUCCAUUUGGGUCUUUUCCAUACCAGUAUCCAUUUUACCCAAACAGAUAUUUUUGGCCUGGUCUCACAGGUGCACCUACAGGGGCCCCAGCCCCUGCCCCUUCCACAGCAGCCUCAACAGGCCAAUCAGUCCCUGCUAGUGACCCUCAAACUAACUGGAGUCAGAUUCCUUACAGUCAGGGGUGGAAUCCAUUUUACCCAUAUAGGCAUUUUUGGCCUGGCCACAUGGGUGUCCCUACAGCAACCCCGACAUCUGCCUCUACUACAGGGGCUCCGACAUCUGCCUCUACUACAGGGGCUCCGACAUCUGCCUCUACUACAGGGGCUCCGACAUCUGCCUCUACUACAGGGGCUCCGACAUCUGCCUCUACUACAGGGGCUCCGACAUCUGCCCCAACCACAGCAGCCUCAACAGCCCAAGCAGUCCCUGCCAGUGACCCUCAACAUAAUUUGUCUCCAUUUGGGUCUUUUCCAUACCAAUACAUGUAUCCAUUUUACCCAAACAGAUAUUUUUGGCCUGGCCACGUAGGGGCAUCUACAGGGGCCCCAGCCCCUUCCACAGAUGCUUCAACACCUGCCUCUACCACAGCAGCCUCAACAGCCCAAGGAGUCCCUUCCAGGGACCCUCAACAUAAUUUGUCUCCAUUUGGGUCUUUUCCAUACCAAUACAUGUAUCCAUUUUACCCAAACAGAUAUUUUUGGCCUGGUCACAUAGGUGCACCUACAGGGGCCCCAGCCCAUGCCCCUGCCAUUUCCACAGAGGCCCAAACACCUGCCUCUACCACAGCAGCCUCAACAGGCCAAGCAGUCCCUGCUAGUGACCCUCAAACUAACUGGAAUCGGAUUCCUUACAGUCAGGGGUGGAAUCCAUUUUACCCAUAUAGGCAUUUUUGGCCUGGCCACAUGGGUGUCCCUACAGCAACCCCACCACCUGCCUCUAUUACAGGGGCUCCAAGACCUGCCUCUACUACAGGGGCUCCAACAUCUGCCCCAUCCACAGCAGCCUCAACAGCCCAAGCAGUCCCUGCCAGUGACCCUGCCAGUGACCCUCAACAGGAUUUGUAUCCAUUUGGGUCUUUUCCAUACCAGUAUCCAUUUUACCCAAACAGAUAUUUUUGGCCUGGUCUCACAGGUGCACCUACAGGGGCCCCAGCCCCUGCCCCUUCCACAGCAGCCUCAACAGGCCAAUCAGUCCCUGCUAGUGACCCUCAAACUAACUGGAAUCAGAUUCCUUACAGUCAGGGGUGGAAUCCAUUUUACCCCUACAGAUAUUUUUGGCCUGGCCACGUAGGGGCACCUACAGGGGCCGCAGCUCCUGCCCCUUCCACAGAGGCUUCAACGCCUGCCUCUACCACAGCAGCCUCAACAUCCCAAUCAGUGCCUGCCAGUGACACUCAACAAUAUGGAUCUGCUGGUACUAUUCGUUACAGUGAUGAACAUCCUUUCUACCAAUUUGGUUUUAGUUGGCCUGGCUCCAGAGAUGUUCCCAGCACAGCACCGUCAGCUUCAGUCCCUGCUAGUGACCCUGGGCAGCCCUCUCUUCCAGUGAAAUAUAGUCAGAAACCUUUGUAUUACCGCCAUCAUGUAAGACCUGGAACUCUACCCUGUACUAAAGUGCCCUUUAUGACUAGGUGCUAACAUUGUUGUCUAUAAAUGAAUGUUUUGCAGAUUUGUGUGUAAUAAAGUGAUUUAAAUAAG